CUAUUGUUAUCUAGUGCUGAAUUUGAUGCUAAAAAACUCAAUAAAGCCAUCAAGGGUUUAGGUACAGAUGAACAAGUUUUAGUGGAAAUUAUUUGUACCAGAUCAAAUGAACAACUGAAAACUAUUAAAGAAACUUAUAAAUCAUGUAAGUUUAAUAUAUUUUACUAG